AUGAAACCAGGGUUUAACCUAGACAGCCUUCAAGGCAGCUUGCCUUCCGAUCUGGUCCCGCAAGAUGUCAACGUCGAAUCGGUUCAAGAGUUGGCUCAACGGACCUUAGAGACCGGAAGUCUCGAUCAGAGUGCCCUGCAGACGACGGCGCUCUGGAGGGACCACCUGGCACUCACGGGUCAAGUACGAACGUUCUACAGCAAUGAAAAGAUAGUCGAGGUGUGGAACAGUCGAGCCAAGUCACUCCAGCUUUCCAAUAUCAAGACCAAGGCUGGACGUGUCAUGAGACCCGUGCCCACCAGCUCGUGGAUUGACGUUCCAUUCGAGUUCACCACCAAGCCAGAGGGUGGACUUGUGGGUAAAUGCACCGGUGCCGCCUCCUUCGUCCCCGACAAGGACGGAAACUGGGUGAUCUGGAUGCUUGUGACUAUCUUGGAGAAUUUUGUGGAUCACGGGCAUCCCGACGUCCCUCGCACGGUGGAGAAUGCUCUUAUCAAUGGUGAGGCCAGAGAUCAGGCCAACGGUCAUGCUAACGGUCACGCUAACGGUCACACCAACGGUGAGGCCGACGGCGACCAUGCCCACGAGAAGCACUCGGAUAUUGACCACGACUUCGACGUCGUGGUGAUUGGAGCAGGUCAAUGUGGCCUUUCCGUGGCUGGCAGGCUCGACGCCCUGGGCUUGAGGUACGUGCUCCUGGAGAAACGCCCCUCUUUAGGGAAGAACUGGAUCGGACGUUACGAGACGGUGAGACAGCACACCGUCCGAGAAUAUAACAACCUUCCAUUCGCGCGCACAUGGAAAGCCGACGAUCCGAUAUUGCUCCCUGGCAAGAUCGUGGCAGAAGGGUUCGAAAACUACGUGAAAAAGUACGGUAUCAACUUGUGGACAAAUGCCGAGACCACGGGCGCAACGUGGGAACCAGAAAGCCGAACCUGGACGCUAAAUGUCACGCUUAAAGGGCAAGAGAAGCGCAGGCUACACUGCCGGCAUCUCAUCAUCUCGGUCGGCGCGGGUUUUGGUGUGGACAAUGACCCCAAGAUUCCCGGAACAGACCAGUACCAGGGCAUCCUCAUGCACUCGGGAGCCUACAAACAUAGUCGCGACUGGGUAACCAAGGACGGCAUUGUCAUCGGCUCCGGUACCAUGGCCCACGAUAUCGCCGAAGACAUGUACAGGGCGGGCCUCCGGUCCGUGCACAUGAUCCAGAGGAACAAGACAUGCGUCUACCCGAUCGAGUGGGUGAUCAAGGGGCAAUCAGGCCUCUUCAACAACGACAUCCCAACAGCAAUCGCGGACGCCAUGAGCGCGGGCGUCCCCAACAAAAUCUCCCGCGACAUCGUCAAGAUCCAGUACGACGCCGCGACCGCGGCUGAAUCCUAUCGGUUCGACGCCCUCGAGCGGGCCGGCUUUCGCGUCGACCGCACCACUCCCCUCAUGGACAACAUCCUCAUGCGCUACGGUGGGUAUUACGUCGACAUCGGCGCCUCCGCUCACAUCGUCCGCGGCGAGAUUAAAGUCAAAUCCGGCGUUCCGAUCACCAACUUCACACCUCACGGCCUGAAAUUCCAGGAUGGAAGCGAACUCCGAGCGGAUGUCGUGGUCAUUGCCACGGGACAGGAUCACGACUAUCGCAACCAGGUCGGCGAAAUCGUUGGACGAGAUUUUGCCUCGCAGUUGGGUGAAUUCUGGGGCCUGGACGAAGAGGGAGAGGUGCGCAAUAUCAUGAAACCUGCAGCUCCUGGGUUGUGGAUGUUUGGUGGAACCGCGCCCCAGGCUCGUUGGUGGUCUCGGUUUGUUGCUUUGGCUAUUCAGUCUGACAUGCUGGGGAAGCCGAUUGAGUGUAUACAGCUAGUUGGGUAG